UUCAGGUCUGUGAGAGACAGAAAUAUUGAUGGUUUGUAGGUGACUCAAUACUUAUUUUUACACCAUAAUUUACUAAUAAAUUCUUUAAAAAUCAGACAAUGUGACAUCAAAGACAUCUUUGUAAGAGGGAGAACUUGCAGUAUUGACUGAAUACUUUUUUACCUCUCUAGAUUUACUGUAAAAGAACAUUUCUAUGCUGUCUGACAAAGGCUGUGUGUCAGGAAUCCCAAUGUGUAUAAAUCUGAAGGAGGUCAGAGAUGUUCUGGAGAAUCCGUCUAUGUUCCACCAACAGGAGAUCUUCAAGUGAAACGCAGAGGAAGGGAGUGGAAGAGCAGACUUUAUCCAGUCCUGUUUUCUAGUGUCUGUUGAAAGACGAGCUGCGGCGUUCUGAACUAAUCUUGAAUCAGACGGCGAUGCAGACGGACUCCAUGGUGGAACACAGCAGUCCACGUGAGGGUCUGACAGUGACUCGUUUGAAGGCUUUCAAAGAUAAAGACGGUUUCAUGUUUAGUAAGAAGAGAAAUAAUCUUACUACCUGAUAUUCUGAUAAAGUUCUUCACGAACUAGAGACUGUUUUCUGUUGAUUCUGAAGAUACUUAGCACAUGAUGAAAAAGGAAACCAGCUGCAAACAUCCAACCAUUCAGCAUAAAGGAAGUGGUCUGACGUGGAGAUCAGAUAGAUGAUCAUUGGCCUGUAAUCAAAGCAGAGGGCUGUGCAUGUAUAAAAUCUGUCAGACUGAGACUCUCUGAAUCUGUGGUGUGGUUGACUGACACCAUGCAGGAUCUGGGACGGUUUCUGCUUGUCCUCGCUCUGAUCUGUGCAGGAUCACACGUUCGUGGAAGUGUCAUCAUCAAUGGACAACUUGUUCCAGAAGGUUCCAUGCCGUACAUGGUGUCUGUCCAGAGCAAUAAGGCUCACCUGUGUGGAGGCUUUCUCAUCACUGAGAACAUUGUGCUCACUGCUGCUCACUGUGACAUUGAUCUGACGCACGUCGUUCUGGGAGGAAACAACCUGAAGAACAGCAACGUCAAGAAAAUUGAAAUAUCCAGCAAAUGCAAGCAGAAAAACUACAAAGAUCCUGGAUCAGGUUAUGAUAUCAUGCUCCUUAAAUUGGACAGCAGAGCUCCGAUAGGGAACAACAUUAACACCAUUCCACUGGCAGAGGGGAACAUGAACUUGGAGAACCAUCAGGAGUGCUUUGUGGCUGGAUGGGGUUUGACGGAGAGCAGUAACUAUCCUGUGGAUGACCUGAGGAUGGUGAAUGUGUCCAUCAUAAAUCAGCAGGUCUGUUUGAACAAAUGGAUCAACCUUCCCGCCAACGUGAUCUGUGCUGGUGGAUAUAAAACCGACAAAGGAUUCUGUCAGGGGGAUUCUGGAGGUCCUCUGGUGUGCAACGGCAAAGCAGUUGGCAUCGUCUCUUUUAACAGAAACUCCAACUGCAAAUACCCGGAUGUGCCCAACGUCUACACAGACAUCAGAAGAUAUCUUCUGUGGAUCAAAAACGUCCUCAAUAACAUCACAUGCCCCAUGUGAACCUUUCUGACAGACUCCAGCAGAGGCGAUUCAUUUAAAAACUGGUCUUUCUUUUCAAAGAUUUGUGAUCAUUUUAGCCAAUAAACCAGUAAAAGAUGAUUAUACUGUUAGUCAUUUGAAGUAUCAUCUGUUUGAUGAACUGAAGUUUCAGAUUAUUCCUUACAGUUUUAGUCAUGGAGUCCACAUCUAAAAUCAUUAAAUGAAGAUGCAUAAAACCUGACUCUUCUUUUCUUAACUGCAUAAGAAUCCAAAACUUCCUCCAGAAAACCGUUCCUGCAGCUGAGGAUGCAGACACAGUGUGGUCUGGGGGACAAGGACCCCAUGCAGCAUCUGACCACUUCAAACUGGAUGAGCCUCCUGAGACGUCCCGCGGUUUUUGGAAAAAACCUUUCCUGCAGCAACAUUACCCACUCUCUCUCUCCAGAACGUCCUGGUUCUCUGAACACGGAUCAGAACUCGAUCUUCAUGUCUUCCCUCUGGUUUCUCUUA